AUGGCAACCGGACGAGCAGACGCCGAAAAGGAGAUAAAACGCAACCCCCACGGCGACUUCAAAGCAGUCGAAGCCUCGCGCCCACCCUUCGACACAAGCUCCUCCUUCCACUACACGCAAACCCCGAAACCCAACUGGCAACCCGGCUCCGGUCCCAACGAGCCCUCCAGCUUGCAAAAGGCGCACCGCUCCAUCAACCCCUACGAAGAAGGCCGACCCGUAGUACACAACUACAAGCUGCUCAUCUCCGCCAUUGUCCCCCGCCCAAUCGGUUUCGUCUCAACAAUCAGCGCAGAUGGAAAAAGCACGAACCUCGCUCCGUUCAGCUACUUCAACCUCGUGAACCACGACCCACCAAUGUUCGUGCUGGGAUUUGCAGGCGGCAUGGACAAGGCUAAGGACACGCUCAAAAACCUGGUUGAUACCAAGGAAGCUGUUAUCAACAUCAUCACGGAGGAGUACAUCGAGGCGGCGAAUUACACGAGCAUCAAUGCGCCCGCUGAUGUGAGUGAAUGGGCGUUUACCGGGCUGCAUGCCGAGAAGAGUAAGUUUGUCAAGCCGGAUCGUGUCAAGGAGGCUGUGUUUAGUAUUGAGGGAAAGCUGGUGAACACGGUGGAGUGGACAAGUAAGAAUCCUGCUACGCCGGAUAAGAAGACGGGUGUUACUGCGUUUGUGGAAGGUGUCAACUUUUGGGUUAGGGAGGAUGCUGUUGAUGAGCAGGGUGUGCUUGUUGAUCCAGCUGUUCUCAAGCCGAUAUCUAGGUUGGGCGGUAUUACGUAUGCGAGGUCGACACAGGCGUUUGAGCUGCCGAGACCGGAUUACGAGGAGGUUACUAAGGAUCCUGAGGUUGCGAAGUUGGCGAAGCCGAAGGGUGAAGGUCAAUAG